UGUCAGAACUGUCGGAUAUGGAAACAAGGGUUCGUCUAGUAGGCGGAAGAUCAGAGGGCAGUGGAAGAAUUGAGUUUGUACAUCAAAACAUCUGGGGAACGGUGUGUGACGAUAUGUUUCACGGAAAGGACGGAGCGGUAGCGUGUGUUAUGGCGGGAUACUUACCGGAUGAUGUUAAAGUGCGGGAGGAAGCAUACUUUGGAGUUGGUAGAGGCCCGAUAUGGCUGGAUGACCUAGAGUGCUCGGGUGAGGAGAUUGACCUCACUAAGUGUAAAAACGCUUUCACGGAACCACCCAACUGUCGACACAACGAGGAUGUCGGGGUUGAAUGCUCAGUUGGGAGUACCAUGGCUGGAUUUCAAAUCUACGUAUCCAGUAGUGAAGAUUGGUGGAGCGGCCAUAGAUGUUUUCAUCACACAGACCUAACAGCGCCCCCUAGUGUCAUGAACGUCACAUGCCCAAAUCAUGGUCGGUAUGUGACGUUUUACAAUGAACGGAACUCCUCGGAAGUUUACCCACUCACAUACUCAAAAUUUGCCUACGUUCAGCUUUGUGAACUAGAGGUAUUUGGGUGUCCUAGUGGUAGAUAUGCUACCGACUGCAAAAGAAAAUGUCCUAUAAACUGUGAAUUUGAUCGCUGUGAUAUUGAGAAUGGCAACUGUUUUGCCUGUAAAAAUGGUUAUAUCGGACAGCGAUGUGAAACUGAGUGUACAAAAGGAAAGUUCGGGAAGAAUUGUAGUCUUUCAUGUGGAAACUGUCUGUAUGAAGAGCCGUGUAAUUUUGUUGACGGCGCAUGUGCAAAGGGAUGUUCACAGGGCUGGAAAGGAGUUUACUGCAAUGAAACUUGCAAUCCGGGAUUUUACGGGUUAAAAUGCACAGAAACCUGUAGCAUACAUUGUACGGAUCCAAUGUCAUGUGAUCACGUAAACGGAAGCUGCGCAGAAAGCUGCAAGGACGGUUGGGAAGGGGACAAGUGUGACCAAAAAUGUGAAGAAAUGAAAUAUGGGAGCAAAUGUCAGCACUCAUGUGGUCAUUGUGUUAAUGGUGAGAUCUGUAAUCAAGUGACUGGUGUGUGUUCAAAUGGAUGUGCAACGGGAUGGAAAGGGAAUGUUUGUGAUGAAGAAUGUGAUCCUGGCUAUUUCGGUUCGUUGUGUCAGGAUACGUGUAGUGAGCACUGUAUUAACCCCAUGUCAUGUGACCACGUAAACGGGUCUUGUGACGAUGGAUGUAAGGAUGGGUGGAUCGGGUCCAAAUGCAUCGAACAAUGUGAGAAGUAUUUUUAUGGAAAAGAUUGUGAAAAUCACUGUGGACAUUGUUCUGAGGGCGAAUUCUGCAAUCACGUGACCGGAGAAUGUCCCAAUGGAUGCGCAUCCGGGUGGACUACGGAUAUUUGUGAUCAAGAAUGUGAUCCUGGAUAUUAUGGGCUGAUGUGUAAGGAUCAGUGCAGUCCACAUUGUUUGGAUUCUAUGUCAUGUGAUCACGUGAGUGGGUCAUGUGAUGGAGGGUGUAAGGAUGGCUGGAUUGGAGCUAAGUGUCGGGAUCAAUGUGAAGAGUUGACAUUCGGCAGUAAUUGUCAGCUGACGUGCGGCCAUUGUUUCAAUGGUGAAGUCUGCAGUCACGUGAAUGGUACGUGUUCCGGAGGUUGCGCUCCGGGAUGGACUGGCAAUAUUUGUGACCAAAAAUGCGACAGCGGAUACUUUGGACUAAUGUGUAAGGAUGGAUGUAGUGAAAAUUGUAUGGAUCCCAUGUCAUGUGACCACGUGAAUGGAUCGUGUGUUGGAAGCUGCAAAGAUGGUUGGAUGGGUUCUAAGUGUAGAACUGUAUGUCCGGAAGGGAUGUUUGGAGAAGCAUGUAAAUUUACCUGUGGACACUGUUUUAAUAACGAGAUAUGCAGCCAUCUUAACGGAAGUUGUUCUAGCGGAUGUGCAUCAGGAUGGACUGGAACUGUUUGUGAUAAAAAAUGUGAGUCAGGACUUUUCGGAAUAAUGUGCAAGGACACUUGCAGUCCGAAUUGUCUCGAUCCUUUGUCAUGUGAUCACGUGACCGGAAAAUGCGAAGGAGGCUGCGUCAAUGGUUGGAUCGGAGACAAAUGUACACAAAAAUGUGAAGAAGGAACGUUCGGAGAGAAUUGUGAAGAGUUAUGCGGGAUGUGUUCGAAUGGUGACGUCUGCAGUCCUGUAAAUGGAUCUUGUCCAAAAGGCUGUUCAGCAGGAUGGAAGGGCAAAGACUGUCGGGAAGCUUGUGAGCCUGGAUCUUAUGGGGUUAUGUGUAAGGACAAAUGUAGUCCGCAUUGCCUCGAUCCUACAAACUGUGACAGUAAAUCUGGGGAAUGUUAUCUUGGUUGUUUGGAUGGAUGGGUCGGUGACCGCUGUCAACACACUUGUGAAGGAGGUUGGUAUGGAUCGCAGUGCAAACACAAAUGUGGUCACUGCUAUAAUGAAGAACUGUGCGACAAGGUACAUGGUGCAUGCGCAAACGGAUGUGCAUCAGGCUGGGUAGGACAAAAUUGCAACAAUUCUUGUACAAAAGGAUCAUACGGCAUUAUGUGUAAAGACACGUGUAGUGCCCAUUGCGUCGACUCCUCUGAUUGUGAUCACGUGACAGGAUCAUGCGCGGGAGGAUGCGUUGCUGGUUGGAUGGGGUCAAGAUGCAAUCAGAAAUGCACUGAAAAGUCUUUCGGUGAGGAGUGUGGCAAGGUUUGUGGCCAUUGUUUUGACAACGCCCCCUGUAAUCACAUCACAGGGGCAUGCCCAGGGGACUGUAAAGAUGGAUGGCUGGGUCAGUUUUGUAACGAAUCAUGUCCUGAGGGAAAGUUCGGAGAAAAGUGUCAACAACAAUGUGGUCAUUGCGUCAAUGGAAACAUUUGUGAAUUUACCAGCGGAAGUUGCUCAGAUGGAUGCGCAGAUGGUUGGGUAGGAAGUAGGUGCAACAUAGUGUGUAGUUUUGGUUAUUACGGUAAACAUUGUAUGCAGCAGUGCAACAUAAACUGUAAAAAUACGAAAGAUUGCAACCGUAUCAAUGGAUUCUGCUCAAAUGGCUGUGCUGAUGGUUGGUUAGGAAAGUUUUGUGAUCAGAAGUGCCCAGACGGAGUUUUUGGCCCAGAUUGUUCCUUUAAUUGUGGGCACUGUCUGGGGCAAGAUAUUUGUUCCCAUGUAAACGGGUCAUGUUUCUCAGGGUGUGCAAGGGGUUGGCAUGGAAGAUACUGCAACGAAAGUUGCGAAAAUGGUUACUUUGGAGACAUGUGUACACAGAAAUGUAGUGAACAUUGCAUAGGGUCUGGUCAAUGCGAUAGAAUUACCGGGUUUUGUGCCAAUGGGUGUAUGGCUGGGUGGAUCGGGAACUUCUGUGAAUUAGAAUGUCCCAUUGGUACGUUUGGUGAGCAUUGUAUGGGAAACUGUAGUGAGCACUGUCUUAACGUUACCGACUGUAAUCAUGUGAACGGGUCAUGUGACGGAGCAUGCGUAUCAGGAUGGACCGGGAAGCAUUGUCAGAUAGAAGUCAAUGAGAUAAAUGGACUACCUGCUGAUAUGCUACUUGGAAUCGUAUUUGGAGUGACUGCUUUAUUCAUUAUCAUUGACAUCAUUAUUGUUGUUGUGGUUUUAAGGUUCACGGGAAGGUCUAAGGUCGGAGGCUCCUCAUUCCCCCGUCGCCUUAGUAUUCUAAGUGUGAAUUACUACGCCGAUGUUAACAGUGGGAAUCAUGCAGCUGAUAGACAAAAUACAGAUGGCGGGCAUGUAUUGACUACUUGUGGUCGAUCGUUCAUCCAAGAUAACACAGGGUAAGAAACUCUUAAUUCUAUCGCAAUCAGAUAGUCGACAGGGGAUGCUCACCCCUCCAGGGCACCUGAUCCCACCUCUGAUGUUUUGGAGGUCCGUCUUUGCUCUGCUUCUAAUUUGUAUUGUUUUAUGGUCAUUUAAUUUUGAAUACUGUUUGUUAUCUGUAUAUAUAAUAUCGUGAUUUUA